AUCAUUUCUCGAAACUCAUCGAAGCUCUCUCGUCGUUCGCAAUGAAACGCACGUGCAUUUUAGUGGUCGUUGCGACAGUGAUCGCCCUCUCUGAAGUGAAGGAGAUUUUGAGGGAGUGCCCGAUAGAGUGGAACAAAUUGGAAACGACUCACAUUCCACACGAGACGAAUCCCCAUUGGUUUUACAAAUGCUUUCUUGGAAAGAAGUACUUGAUGAAGUGUCCGGAAAACUGGGAUCCUCCGUUUGAAUUAUGCUACAAUCAGGAGCUGCAGGUCUGCGAUUGGCCGUGGAACGUUACCAAUUGUGGUGGUGGUGAUCCAGGCACAAUACCCACAAUACCCACACCCACACCCACGAUACCCACCCCCACGCCCACAAAACCCACACCCACACCCACAAUACCCACUCCUACGCCCACAAUACCCACACCCACGCCCACAAUACCCACACCCACGAUACCCACACCUACGCCCACAAUACCCACGCCCACACCCACACCCACGAUACCCACACCUACGCCCACAAUACCCACGCCCACACCCACACCCACGAUACCCACACCUACGCCCACAAUACCCACGCCCACACCCACACAACCCAGGCCCAAUCCUGGAAAAUGUCCAUCGGACAGUAGGUCGCCUCAUGAAACGAACUGCAAGAUGUACUACAACCCCGAUGGAACGACCUCGUGCUGUCUAGAAAACCAGGUUUUCAAUCCUGCGUUAUGCGUGUGCGACCGCCUUAUCAACGUAAAAUCGUGUAAACCAUCGGAUGCUGAUUACGAAAUGUGUAGCCGUUAA